UCAGUCAGUUAAAAAAGGUGCACUUGAGAUAUGUUUGACAAAUACACAUCACAUACUAACAUUAACUGAUUCAUUCCGUUUUGGUGUGUCAUUUUCACCCUUAAUGUGGCUCCUCCCAAUUGUCACUACUUUAAAACAUACACUUCCUUCAACAGAUCCCUAUUUCUUCUUUUGAUAUACUGCAGACGAGGAGUCUAUUUAAAACACUUUUCUAAAUCUCAAAUUUGAUUGUAGACUAUUGAUUUGUAUACAAAAGCAAUCGAAACUGUAUCAUUUCUGGGUCAGAGUGCUGCAGGACACGACACAGACAAGCCCAAAUUGAAAAAAAAAACCCGAAUGGCUUAAUUAAUAACUAAAGCAUUUGGUUUCGUUUGUACGGAUUUAUUCAUUUACUAUUUAAUGUUGCUGACAAAAAUGCAGUCUAGGACGCCAACUUUAAAAUUGACGAAGUGUUUUUCUUAAAAAUAAUUUCCGCGUUUACUCGGGCGGCUUUAAGCAGCUUCAAACAAAUCAAUGGCGCUAUCAGCCAGAGCUUUCUUCUCGCCAGAAGGGUCUAUAAGAGUGAACCGCUCACUAAAGUUCACGACAGUUGGACAGGAAACAACGUGGCCACAAACAAAAGCCAACAAGCCCAGAUAAAUAAUGGGUUAAUCCCGCCGUUCCUCCCGCUGGGAAGGAGUGGGCUGCCAUGACACCUGGGCGUGCUGCUGCUGCUGCUGCUGCACUCUCCCGCAGUUUCGACAACCUUCGCUCGCGCUGCGCAGGUCGUUGACGGCAAAAGUUUGAGCAGGUAACAAGACGACGGGAGAAGGAGAGAAAGGAAGAUUCGGCUCACGGGCCAGCGGGUGGAUCGAAAACAAAGUCUGGAUGUAUCAUCCUAACGAGCAACGUCCCACAACAACUAAGGCACAAUCCCACGAAGACGGUCAUUCAGGGUUGUUUAUAGUUGACUGCAGAUUUUUAUCGCUCUUUGUGACUGUGAUGACUGCCUCCCAAACCUGCUGAGAGCUCCUUGAAAAACAAUGCAACAAGGAGGUCCUCCCGCUCCUCCACCUCCACCUCCACCACCACCACCACCACCACCUCCUCCUCCUCCUCCUCCUCCUCCUCCUCCACCUCCAGCCCCUGGCCUUCCUCCACCCCUACAUGGUGGUGGCCUCGUUGCCAGGGGAGCGCUGCGGCGCUCCAAGAUGCGCAAUUUCAACUGGGAAACCCUUCCUAAACACACUGUGGUAGGCAAGCACAACAUCUGGACCGCGGAUAAGACUGAUGGGGAAUAUGAGCUGGACACUGAUCACAUGGAGGAGCUCUUCAGCCACAAGCAGAACCAGCAACAACUCAAGGCCCAGAACCGCCAGAGUCUGAGGGGCCAGCCGACUGCGGCCUCAGGGGGCGUUACGGUUUCCAUCCUGAGCUCCAAGAGUAGCAUGAACAUUGGAAUUUUCCUUAAGCAAUUCAAACGGCCUGUAAAAGAGAUGAUUGAAGAAAUCAAAUCCGGAAGUAGUCUCAGCUUUGGUUCUGGAAAACUGAGGGAGCUGUGCAAGCUGCUGCCAGAGGAAGGGGAGGAGAAGCAGCUGGUGAGCUUUAAGGGUGACCACUCCAGUCUACCUGAAGCCGAUUUGUUCAUGCUAAUGCUAGUCAAGAUUCCCAGCUACAAAGAGCGUCUUAGCAGCUUGGUGCUCAAGGAGGAAUUAUUCCCCCUUAUGAAUGACAUGAAAGAAUGCAUUGGCACUUUAUCAGCAGCUGGAAAGGAGCUUUUGGAGUCUGAUAAUCUCCAUUCUGUCAUUCGACUGGUACUGAAGACGGGCAAUUACAUGAAUGCGGGGGGCUAUGCAGGCAGUGCAGUUGGCUUCCGAAUGGCUUCUCUAUUAAAGCUAGUGGAUACCAAAGCAAACAAACCCGGCAUGAAUCUCAUGCAUUAUGUUGUGAUGCAAGCGUUGAAGGUGGAUGUGGAACUUCUUAAAUUUACAGACCAACUCAAACACAUUGAAGCUGCAGCAAGAAUGAAUAAAAGUGAAAUUGAAGCAGAGUUUGAUAAACAAGUAAGAAGAGUUCAAGCUGCCAAAGCUGACACCUUGAAGCAAGAAGACCUGAAGGCACAGAUGGAGGAUUUUCUGAAAGAGGCUGAAGUCUGCUUGGCAGAAAUAGAGACUGAUCUUGAGGAAUUGCAGUCAGUGAGUGACUCUGUGGCGGAGUACUUCUGUGAAAAUCCAAGCAUGUUUAAAUUGGAGGAGUGCUUCUCCAUUUUCAACUCCUUUUGUGAGAGAUUUACGCGGGCCAUGCAGGAAAACAAGGCUCGCGAGGUGGCAGAGGUGAAGCGCAGACACCGAGACAGACUGCAGAUCGCCGCCAAACGUAGGUCCACUGCCACCUGCUCCAGUAGAGACAAGGAAAUGGAUGGAAUUGCAUUGCAGUCAAUACUACAGAACUUCCUCACGAAGGGUGUCCCCCAAAGAAGAACCGCGAGGCCCUCCUCCACUUAUGGAAGCCCCUCGAGUGGCAGCCCCGACAACGGGAGCCUGUCAGAAAUGACAUGUAAGGUUCACCUGCCAGCUGGAAAACAAUUAAGAGGUUUCAAGAGUAACGACAUGUUCAGAAAAGAGUGGAAUUCAGCAGCUGAACUCACACAGAACCUUUCACCGAAAGAGCAGUCUGAUGGCGAGGAAUGCUGGGAAGAAAGUGGUAAUCCAAAUGAAGAAGAGGGGAACAUCGCCACAAAGGAGGACUCUGCAGAUUUCACACAGCCGACCGGUAGGACCACCGGCGUUUCGCCCGCAGGCAGAUCUUCCUCAGCUGCCACGGAUGAUUGUGAGGAAGAUCUACAGGAUAAUAAUGAGGAGGAGGCUCAAACGUUGCGUGAAGCAUCCAAAAAGGUUUUGCGCUUUCAGAACAGCCACAGUAGUGUCUCAUCUGAUGACAAUUAUCUGGAAAAUCAGAAGUCUCCUGGUCCAAGUACCCACCUGCCUCGACAACGCACCUUUGAUCAAGAAACCGAGAGAUAUCCUGAAGACCCCACCAAUAAGGAUUUAGUACAAUUUUUGCUAAAUCCUCAAUCUUCUGCCAAACGUAACCUUGGCCGCCGCCAUACUCUUCCUACCAAAGUCCCUAAAACGGAGGGAGAUGAACACGAUCUGUUCGCUGCGCCUCCAGUCAGAACUCCUCCUCAUUCGGUCGCAAGAGAAAAAGGGACAGUACCAGCAGAAGAUGCUGAACAAAGUCCCUCGAAACAAGUGUUUGACUUUACUGAAACCUCUCACAACUUUCCAAAAUGUAGUGCUCAAGACCAGAAUUCUGUUCCAGUAGAGAAGCCAAGCAAGCCAAAUGUUUCAAUCACCCAGAUUCCAGAUGGAGAUGCUCACGGGCCACAAAACGAAUCUGGAGAGCUCACGGACAGCCCCAUGCAAAGUAAUGGUGAAGACAUUCCCCCAAUAAGUACACAGAUUAAGACUGAAAACUCUGGACUAUUUUUUAACUUUUUUAAACUCAUUGGAGACCUGAGCAAAGUGCAGAACAGCAAGGAAACUGUCCAUAAGGGCAAUGAUUCUGCUGUGUGAGCAUUAAGAUGUAUCCCAUUUAAGGUCAGCACAUGUAACUUUAGUAUUAUCUUUUAACAUAUCCUGGUAAUAAUGUAUUGUUAUAUUUAAUGUCAAUUUCUUUUAAUUGAUAAAGCGCACAUGACGAAAUGAAUAGACUUCUUGUAUAGAGGUUGGAGAGGUCUUUUUUUUUUUUUUUUUCUUAGAGGACCAUUUGUUUCAUGUUGUACCACUAGGUGGCAGAAUACAACAGUGAACUGGUGCUCAGAAAAUUCAGGUGUUGUUGAUUUCCAUGCAAGGUGUACACUGCCACGUAAACAAAAGAACAAUCAGCUGAAGCUUUGUUAAACUUGUGUUAUUUGCUGGAUAUUAAUAUCAGUAUAAUAUCAGUUGGAUAAAUACUGAAAUACUGAGUCAUUUCUUUGUCAUAACUGAAAAUUGGAAUGUUGCAGCUUGUAUUGAGAACAUAAAUUAAUAUUUAACAUCAGGGGUCCGUUUCAAGGUUUAAAAAACUGAGUUGAUUUACCCUGAGAUGGGAAACUGAGUUUUCGGUUUCAGAACUGCUUUCAAAGUUGGUUCAUUCAACUCUCAGUGGGUUGGCUCAGAGCACAAGAAAUCAGUCUGCAUAUUCACCCCUAUUGAGCUGGAAAUAUUAAUGCAACCGUACGACAAAUAUAAACCCGUAAUAAGAGAAAAAAACAACACUGAUCUUGAAAAAGAAACUAUUCUUUAAUGGCUCUCACUGGUUUGUGUCCAGGGAACAAAAGGGUUUAAAAGACUGCUCUGCAUGUAGUAGCUUUACUAAGAAUCUCCAAUGUUUAAAGGAAACUGCCGUUUGCAUGUUUUCACGAACAUUCCUCCAUUCAUUUACUACUGCACUACUAAUGCCACCAUUCGGGUUACAAAAUGUCUUUUGGAAGGGGCUUGUUUAUGUUGUACCACUAGGUGGCAGAAUAUAACAGUAAACCUCUGCUCAGAAAGUGUGGGUGUUGUGGAUUUCCAUGGUAUACACUGCCAAGUAAGCAAAAGAAUAGUGCGCACACGCACUCCAAAACCUUUUAAUACCUUGAAAUGACGGCAUUGAUUCUCAUCAGUUGGAAAAAUGGCGAAAUACUGAGUCAUUUCUUUGUCAGGGUUGAAAUUUGCAACUUUGCAGAAUUAUUGAAGUAAAUUAAUGUGUA